GUAAUAGCAUACCGGAUGAGAAUGUAUCCCCAUCGUCGUAGGCUGACACCCAGAAACUCGAAAUAUGCUGGCUAGUGAUAACGUGUUUUCAUCAAAAUGUGGUGAAAAAUACGGAGUGCCGAUAUUAUGCGUUUGCGCCUACCGCUCCGGUCAAUAGAUAGCAGUGAGGAUAACGUGUACAGAUUGCUACAACUGCGUGUGACGAUAUCGCAACAUACGAGUGUAUCCUGGUAGCAACAAGUACAAGUGGCAUUCUUCUGAGUCUUCCGUAACGUUUCUGAUGGAAUGCACAUUUACUAAUGGGAAUAGCUCGGAUCCAGAAAACACAGGAGGUUUCUCUUACUGUGGCUGUGACUUGCCUCACCACAUGCUAUAUUAAUGACAACAUGUUUUGCACUGCCUCUGCCCGCUGUACAGAUAUAUGUGGAGACUGAAAUUUGCUGUGUAUGUCUAUAAGGUCAAAUACAAUUAAUGGGUGCAAAUAAGAACUGACUUCCUAAAACUAGUUCAAAAUGAACACUAAAUAUUUAUGUCUAAUUUUUGGAGUGAUAUGGUGCAACAGUGUACUUAAAGCUCAGAGGCCACAAAUAAAACCAGUAAGAAAGCAGUCGAUCCACCCAAGGGAUAAAAUGAAAGUUUUUCAUUUGGUGAUGGAACGGCUCAAUGAACCUAUUUCUUUGCGGAAAGGAAUUGAUAGAGAUACUGCCUUCAGUAUUCCACCAGAGUAUCAUAAUGAUCGUUUUCAAACUGUGGACAUUGUCGACAGGAGUGGCUUUCCUGGAAGCCUGCAACAGGUUGAUAUUAAGCGAAUAAAGCUACCUGAUGUAACUUCUCCCAUGAAACUUGAUUGGAAAGAGAAUUUUUCAAUAUUCCUUCCAGCACACCGAGAAUAUGCUGCAGAGCUGGUCAAAAUUUUCAUGGAGAUGGAGAAUGUUGAAGACCUUCUAUCUGCUUCAGUUUACUGUAGAGAGCGUAUAAAUCCAUAUCUUUUUGUUUAUGCAAUGUCAGUGGCUAUAACACACAGAACAGAUACACUACACCUGCCUUUGCCUUCAUUGGCUGAGGUUUUCCCUGACAAAUUCAUGGAUAGAGGGAUUUUUUCAAAAGCUAGACAGGAAGCAAACAUCGUGCCACCAGGCUCAAGGGUUCCUAUUGAAAUUCCAGUGGACUACACUGCAUCCAACCUUGAUCCUGAACACCGUGUGGCAUAUUUCCGUGAGGAUAUUGGGAUCAACUUAUGUCACUGGUACUGGCAUAUAAUUUAUCCAGGUCAAGGACCAUUUCCAAUGAAUGGUACAGAUCGUGCUGGUGAGCUCUUUUACUACUACCACCAACAAAUUAUGGCCAGGUAUGACUUUGAACGACUCAGCAAUGACUUAGGGAGAGUGGAGAGAUUUAUUGAUUGGCACAAACCUAUUAAAGAAGGUUAUUUCCCUAAACUUGACAACAUCCUUGCAAGUAGAGUGUGGCCUUCAAGGCAGGCAAAUUCUAAACUUCAAGACAUUAAUCGCAAAAUUGAUCAAUUUGAACUUGACAUUCAAGACCUGGAGAGAUGGCAAGACAGGCUCUAUGAUGCUAUACACAGAAGAGCAGCCAUUGAUGAUAAGGGAAAGACAGUGCCCUUAACUGAAAAUACUGGCAUGGAUAUUCUGAGUCACAUAUUGCAGUCAACUAUACUGUCUAUUAACCAAAAGUACUAUGGCCAGCUGCACAACUUUGGGCAUCUUGCUAUUAGCUGGAUUCAUGAUCCUGAUGGAAGAAAUCUUGAAGGAAUUGGCGUAAUGGGAGAUACAGCAGUGUCAAUGAGAGAUCCAGUUUUCUAUAGAUGGCACAGAUACAUUGAUGAUAUCUUCCAAGAACUUCAAAACAUGUUUGCAAGGUAUACAGCUCAACAGUUGGACUUUCCGGGUGUUACAAUCUCUUCUGUGGAUGUUGUGUCCAAAGGGGCACCAAGGAAUGAAUUUGCUACAUUUUGGCAAAAGAGUGACAUUGAUCUGUACAGAGGUCUUGACUUCACACCUCGAGGAUCAGUAUUUGCCCGUGUCACUCAUUUGCAACAUGCUCCAUUUAAAUAUAUCAUAGAGGUCAACAAUGCUGGACCUCCUCGAAAGGGUACGUUGAGAAUAUUUAUGGCACCAAAGUAUGAUGAACGUGGUGUUCCCAUGUUAUUUCGAGAUCAGAAACAUCUCUUCAUAGAGCUUGAUCACUUCACUGUGAGGAUGGAUCCUGGUUGCAACAAAUAUGAGCGACACUCAAUAGAGUCAUCAGUAACAGUUCCAUCAGAACGAACAUUUAGUAAUUUAAAUAGUUCUGACCCAAGAAAGGAAGAAGGUUUUGCUUACUGUGGCUGUGGAUGGCCACAACACAUGCUUAUCCCAAAGGGCACAACUGAAGGAUUUCCAGCAGAACUGUUCGUCAUGAUAACCGACUACAAUAUUGAUAAGGUAGAGCAACCACCACCAGAGGGAUGUCAGCAGCCUUUUAGCUACUGUGGAUGGCGCCGUCGCCUCUUCCCAGACACAAGAGCAAUGGGCUAUCCAUUUGAUCGAAUGCCUCGUGCUGGAGUCAGCACCCUGCAACAGUUUCUCACACCCAACAUGAAAGUGGUUGAUGUCAAAAUAAGAUUCAACAAAAAAGUUGUUGCUUCACGUUAUACUAUUUGAGCCAGAUGUACAAUAUUCUAAUGUCUGAGGAUACCAGAUAUGUGUUGCUGUGUAUUAUACAGUUCCCAACAAUAAUUUAUUUGUGAGCAUUAAACCGUAAUUCUCAUGGGCCUGAGUAAUUUGAUGUAACACAAACAUCUGUAUAUCCAUAAAAAGUUGUAAUAACAUUCAUUGCACACAAACAAAUAAAAUAUGAUACAUAAGCAUGACAAGGAUAGUUCUUGCAGAAUGUAAAUUAUUUAGGAGUAAAGGAGGCCACUCACCAAAUUAUAGAAGCAUUGAGUCAGUGACAGGCACACAAAAAAGAGUGAAAACUUGACAUGCAAAGUUUUCAUCCUUUUUGUGUGUCUUUUGAUGACUCAGUGCUUCUGCUUUCUGGUGAGUAGUCACCUUUACUCCCAAUUGGGAGUUAAUGAAGCCAAUCACCAGAUAGUAGAAACAGUGAGUUUUUCAUAUCUCUCUUUCUCUCUUGCAGUAAUGACUACGUGAAGCAUACUGUUAUUGCAUAUGCAUGUUUCUGAUUAACUGUAAAUAGGAAAUAAAAUACCAUAACAUUGCCAAAGUACAAAUAGUGGAACAAAGUAAAUUUUUAAUUACUAAACAUUUAUUUUAUUUCAUAUUUAACCAAAAUUAUUUGUACCAUUCCUAUGAAAGACAUGCUUCAAAUUAUGUUUUGUUUGACAUAAAGAAUAAACUUUGUAAUUAUAUUUUAUCACAACACAAUGCUAGUAGGAAUAGUAAUCAGAACAGUAAUGAAGGAAAUGGGAGUUGUGUCACUGUUUGUUAAUUAAAGUACCUACCACAUGUUCUCUGAGGAAACAACAUGUAAAAAAUAAAGGAUAAUGAGAACACACAUUCUUACUGUGCUAGCAGUGGACAUAACAUUAAUAUGAUAAACAAAUGAGGGGGAAAUGGGAAGAAUAUGAGAUAUAAGGAAGGCAAUACAAAGAGGAAUGGUAUAUGUAGUUGGAAAGGAAAGGGACCUAGGAUGCUAUGAUGGAAAAAGAUACCAUACAGAAAGAGUGAGCAAAUAAGACUUGAAAAAUAUUGCUGUUGAAUGUAGGUUGGAAGCCAUAUUAACUUGUAUAUGGAGAAUUAUUGUUCAACAGCACAAGUGCAUCACCAUGUUCCCC